AUGGUUUCUGUCAAGGCUUUUAUAAUUGGUGCUACAGGUUUAGUUGGAAAUGGUUUUUACAAAGAAGCUGACAAAUCCAAAGUUUUCUCCAACAUUUUUACUCUCACUCGUAGAGAUUUAUUAACAAAAUCUUAUUCAAACAAGACAACUUCGAUUAUUGAAAAGAAUUCUGAAAAUUGGGAUAGUAUAAUUAAAGAUACAAUAACAAAAGAAAAAAUUGAUAUCUUUUUCUCAGGUUUAGCUACAACUAAAAAAGAAGCGAAUGGUUUUGACAAUCAGUAUAAGAUUGAUCAUGAUUUAAAUUUACAAUUGGCUAAAGUAGCCAAAGAGUCUGGUGUUGGGACUUAUAUUUUAAUAUCAAGUAUGGGCGCAAAUAAGGAUUCAUCUCUCUCUUAUUUGAAAAUGAAAGGUAAAUUGGAUGAUGAAGUCAUUGAUUUGAAAUUCCCAAGAACAAUUAUUAUCAGACCUGGCGUCUUAGUGGGUCAAAGAGAUAAAGGAAAAGAUAAAGGUCUCUUUAACAAUGUGGUAUUGUUCAUUGGUGAAAAGGUUCAUGGAACGUUUUUAAAUAAUUUAAUGUAUCCCAUCUAUGAUUACGAAAUUGGCAAAAUUGUCGUUGAUUUAAUUGAGAAAACUCCAAUUCCAGCAGAUGAUGAGCCUGAAGUUACAAUUCUCAAUCCUACUCAACUCUCUGAAAUUCUCAAGAAUAUCGAAUCGAAUAGAUGA